AUUGGAUUGGGAGUCUCAGCAUUCAGCAAAAAUUGCGAAAAUCAGUCAGGUUCAUCAUCAUCAUCAUCAGUGAUGGGUAGAAAAAAGCAAGCCAAUCCUCGAAGAUCAGGGGGUUUACUAAUACACAGCAAUGGCAGUAGUGACCCUGUGUUGGGCAAACACGAAGAACCCAACAACGUUCAAAAUGAAAGGGAGGAACUUGUCAGUGCAGAACCUCCCUUUUUUGUGGAGGUUGAUAGGACUUGUUUUCUCUCUAAUGACCACCUCGAUAUAUCUGAAGUUGUUCUCACUGAUUUGAAUUGGAGGGAAGGUUUUACUUGUUCUGGAAUCAGUGAGGACUUCUACCAGGACUCUGCGUAUUCCUUAAGGUUUCGAGUGCUUAACAUUAAUCAGUUCACUGGUCGUAUUAAGCUGGGGCAUUGGCCUAUCUUAUCUUCUGCUGAUGUAUCUUUGGAAUUCAUACACAAAAGCACUUCUGAUGGUGUAGACAUGCAUUCAGUUAUUUUAUCAGGGGGUUUUGAUGGUCCAGAUGAAGCUAUUUCUGGUCUUGUUCACUUAGCAAGUUUGAAAUUUCUCACUUUGAGGCCAGUUUUUGGGGCUAUGGUCUCACAAGCUUCUUCAUCUUUUAGAGUGAGGGUUGAGAUACUAAGGAGUGUUUUUGAUGACUGCAAUUCACUUUUGGAGAAUACUAGGCAGCUAUGGAAAAAGAGUAUGAUGAAUGUCAUGGCAUGGCUGCGCCCUGAAGUACUUACUUCUGAGGCUCGCUAUGGAAUAAGUAAAUCAAUGAAAAUGGAAGUUGAUUUACAUCCAGAGAUGGAGGAUGGUACUUCUCGACCCAGGAAACGUGUAAGAUUUGAUGUAUCUGGGUUUUAUGAGGCCAUAAAACCAUCCAAGGAGAACCCAAUACUUGAAGAUGACACUCCUAAUUUGCUCCCUGUACUAAGACCCUAUCAACGCCGUGCAGCUUACUGGAUGGUACAAAGAGAGAAGGGAAAUCCAGGAAUUGUGGACAAAACAGAAUGGAGUCAGUUUCUUUCUCCUUUAUGCAUCCCUGUGGAUUUUCUCGAUGCUUCUUCAAAGAUGUACUAUAAUCCAUUCAGUGGAAAUGUUUCGCUGCACCCAGAGCCCGCUUCUCCCUAUGUAUUUGGUGGUAUUCUGGCUGAUGAGAUGGGUUUGGGGAAAACUGUUGAGCUGCUUGCUUGUGUGUUUGCUCAUCGGAAGCCACAGUCUGAAGAUGGCAUGUUAAGUGAUACCACAGCACAAGCUAAUGGGGAUGGAAAAGUCAGUCUCAAAAGAUUAAAGAGGGAACGUGUUGAGUGCAUAUGUGGCGCUGUGAGUGAAAGUCGAAAAUACAAAGGAUUAUGGGUACAGUGUGAUGUUUGUGAUGCUUGGCAACAUGCAGAGUGUGUUGGUUAUUCACCUAGAGGAAAAGCCAACAAAACCAAUGAGAUAGCUGACGAGCACGGGCAGGAGCUGAAGUCAUCAGUUAAAUCACACAAGCGGACAAGAAAAAAGGAUGACACCUAUAUUGUUGUCAGAGAUGGGGACUAUAUUUGUCAGCCAUGUUCAGAACUGCUACAAGCUACUGACUCUCCCAUCCCUACAGGUGCCACUCUUAUAGUCUGUCCAGCACCUAUAUUAUCCCAAUGGCAUGCAGAGAUUAUACGUCAUACACGUCCAGGUUCCUUAAAAACUUAUGUCUAUGAAGGCGUGCGGAUCUCUUCACUUUCAAGUACAUCUGUAGCAGAUAUAAGUGAACUUGUCAGUGCUGACAUUGUAUUAACAACAUAUGAUGUGCUUAAAGAAGACCUCUCACACGAUUCUGAUAGGCGGGAAGGUGAUCGACACUUCUUGAGAUUCCAGAAGAGGUACCCUGUCAUUCCUACUCUUCUAACCAGAGUAUUUUGGUGGAGGGUUUGUUUGGAUGAGGCUCAAAUGGUGGAGAGUAAUACUGCUUCUGCCACAGAAAUGGCUUUGAGAUUAUAUGCUAAACAUCGCUGGUGCAUCACAGGAACUCCAAUACAGCGCAAACUUGAUGACUUGUAUGGACUUUUAAGAUUUCUUAAAGCAAGUCCCUUCAAUGUUUCUAGGUGGUGGGUAGAAGUUAUACGAGAUCCAUAUGAGAGGAGAGAUGGCAGAGCUGUGGAAUUUACUCAUAAUUUUUUUAAACAAAUCAUGUGGCGUUCUUCAAAAAUACAUGUUGCAGAUGAGUUGCAGCUUCCCCCUCAGGAGGAGUGCCUCUCUUGGCUAACUUUUUCACCAAUUGAAGAACAUUUUUAUCAGAGGCAACAUGAAACUUGUGUGAGUUAUGCCCGUGAAGUUAUUGAAAGUUUGAAAGAUGAUAUCAUGAAAAGAGAAGUCUCAGGUACCAGUUCUUCCAUUUCUUCUUUUGAUCAUUUCAUCACUGACAUGGAGGCCGCAAAGUUGCUGAGCUCACUCUUGAAGCUUCGCCAGGCCUGCUGUCAUCCUCAAGUGGGAAGCUUUGGGUUGCGUUCUUUGCAACAGGCCCCAAUGACUAUGGAUGAAAUAUUGAAGGUUCUUAUAAGUAAGACCAAGGUAGAAGGGGAGGAAGCUCUCAGGAAGUUGGUUAGUUCUUUAAAUGGGCUUGCUGGAAUAGCUUUAAUACAGAAAGAUCUUCCUCAAGCAGUAUCAUUGUACAAUGAAGCUCUAGAUAUAACUCAAGAGAACUCUGAAGAUUUUCGCUUGGACCCUUUAUUAAAUAUUCACAUACAUCACAAUCUAGCUGAAAUACUUCAGGAGAUUGCAAACUCAACCAAGCCACCCCACUCAGGGAUACAACAGUUCUCUGGGAGCAUCCAUAUCAAUGAACAGUGUAAUCAAAAUACUGCUAAGAGGAAAAAACUGUGUGGUGAACAGAAUCUAGAUUCUCUUGAUGAGACAGAGAAUCAACCAGCUCAUGUAUUUGACGUAUCAGAGAAUGGUUUAAAUGGUGUCCAAGAUUGUAAUGAUCAAUUCCAUAUGUCACCCAAGCCCUUCAAUGCUGUAUCUUUGAAAAUUACAUGCGAGAAUUUAAAACAGAAGUACUUAUCCACAUUUACUGCAAAAUUAUCUGCUGCUCAACAAGAAUUCAGCAAAUCAUGCAUGCAGGUAAGCAAUGCAGUUAGUCAAAUCAAAGAUCAAGACAGAGUUUGGUGGUUGGAAGCUCUUCACCAUGCUGAGCAGAACAGUGACUUCUCUAAAGAGUUGAUCAGAAAGAUUGAAGAAUCUAUCUCAGGAUCACUGAAGAAUUCACGUUCAUCAAAAAUGACUUCUCGAUUUCGGAGCAUAACUGGUCUGAAAUAUCAUAUCCAGACUGGUUUAGAUCUUCUUGAAGCCUCAAGGAAAACAUUACUUGAUCGCAUUCAAGAAAUUGACGAAACAAUGGAAAACCCAAAAGAGGAGGAUAUCAAACGUGUAAGAUACUGCCGAAGUUGCCAGGUUGUUGGCAAUGGCCCCAUGUGUGUUCAUUGUGAACUAGAUGAAUUGUUUCAGGAUUAUGAAGCAAGGCUCUUUCGUGUAAAUAAAUCUGAUGGAGAGAUGGUUAAAUCUGCUGAAGAGGCAGUAGAUUUGUGGAAGAAGAACUCUGCCCUCAAUCGUUUCUAUUGGAAUUUAUCACAGAAAAAUAAGAAUUCAGCUUCCUCAAGUGUUGAUAAUGAAGAUUUGAAGAGAGAUGUUGGAGAGAAAGUGGUGGUUUCAAAAUCUCCCUCUGAGUUGGAGGUUGCUCUUGGAGUUAUAAAGAGCUUUUGCAAGGUUCAGUUAGGGAGGGAGGGUACGUCAGCAGCCAACAAGCAGAUUCACAUUCUGGAGGGCAUGAGAAAGGAGUAUCGACAUGCAAGACUGUUGGCUAUUGCUCAAGCUCAAGUUCUCCGUGCUCAUGAUGAAAUUAAGAUGGCAACCACAAGAUUGCGCCUAAGAGAAGAUGAGAAUGAUACAUCUAUUGAUGCUUUAAGUCCAACUGAAUUAGAUUCAGCUAAUGUGGAGAACUCCAGUGAAAAGUUCAUGUCUUCAACCUUGCUGUCAAGUAUAAAAGGAAAACUUCGAUAUUUGAAGGGAUUGGCAUUAUCCAAAAAUAAAUCAUCAACGGGCUCAGAUGAUUCCUCAGUAACUCAAGAUUUGGCUACUAUGUCACCCUCUGCAGAGCAAAAACCUACAUAUUCAGUUAAAGUUAACGAGGAAGCAUGCCCAAUUUGUCAAGAAAAGCUAAGCACUCAAAAGAUGGUUUUUCAAUGUGGGCAUAUUACUUGCUGUAAAUGUUUCUUUGCAAUGACAGAGCAGAGAUUGCCUCAUGACAAUAAGUCUCAAAAAAAAUGGGUAAUGUGCCCAAUAUGCCGACAACAUACGGAUGUUGGAAAUAUUGCCUAUAUAGAUGAUAGAGAAACCAAAGUGUGCAAUUCUGCUCUCCCUCCCACAAAUCAAGGUGGGGAGGGUGAAGCAUCUUUGAUUGUUCAAGGUUCAUAUGGAACAAAGAUAGAAGCUGUCACAAGAAGGGUCUUAUGGAUCAAGUCUAGAGAUGCCAAAGCUAAAGUUCUGGUUUUCUCAAGUUGGAAUGAUGUUCUUGAUGUGUUAGAACACGCAUUUGCUGCCAACAGUAUUUCCUACAUCAGAAUGAAAGGUGGAAGGAAAUCGCAUGUUGCCAUCAGUGAAUUUAGAGGACAGAAAAGUGGAGUGAAAGUAACUCAAAAGAUACAUGGCAAGUAUCAAGAACCAAACCAUGUUCAAGUGUUAUUGCUUUUAAUCCAACAUGGAGCAAAUGGCCUGAAUCUUUUAGAAGCACAGCAUGUUAUUCUUGUGGAACCAUUGCUGAAUCCAGCGGUGGAAGCACAAGCAAUCAGCAGAGUCCACCGAAUUGGACAGGAGAAUAGGACCCUUGUUCAUCGUUUCAUGGUUAAGAACACGGUUGAAGAGAGUAUACAUAAACUGAACAGAAACAGGAAUUCAGAAUCAUUCAUCAGUGGGAACACCAAGAAUCAGGAUCAGCCAGUUCUGACACUGAAAGACAUCGAAUCCCUGUUUGCAGUAGUUCCUUUGGCUUCUGCAGCAGCAAAAACUAAUGAAAGUGAGGACCUGAGACAAUUACCUCCUUCAGUGGCGGCCGCAAUUGCAGCUGAGAGGAGACUGAAGGAAAACACUACAGUGUGACAAUUCUUUGGUACGUUCAUCUGAAUAAGCUCACACUCUUCAAAUGAAUGUGGCGACGAAGUUUGUGUAACCAUGAUAAUUGGGUUCAUGUUGUUGUAAAUAUGAAAUUUGUAUAACAACUGACCAAGUCUGUGCUUCAAAUUACAUAGGCUAAUCAAUUGAUAGGGAAUUAGGUUGUAUAUGCAUAACCAAUUUAAAACAACGUUAAUUCUGUCAAAAAUGUU